AUCGUCCAUCUCCACAGCAGCCGGCUUCUCUGAGAUUUGAUCGUUACUUUAUUGAAUCAGACUGUAAUAUCCCCGUCACGAGACGGAUUUCGGCUUGAAGUAGGUCUAGUAUUGGAGACAAUAGCGGAAUUGUGGAGGUAUUGUAUUUCUUUCUAACUCGGUUAUUCCUUCACAACUGAAGAUAAAUGUUGAUGAUGGGGGACGACGAAUUGGCUCAUCAGGUUGAUUCGGAUUUCGAGCCGCAAAACCGGCCUCGCUCGUGCACUUGGCCACUGCCUUGUCCGGAGGAUUUCCCCGAAGUACUGGAGGUCAAUGGGGGUCUUCCACUGACCACCAUCAAGGUGGAACCAGAUGACAAUCUAGCCGUUUCAGCGUGCAGAGCGGGGAGAAUGGGUGGCACGCCGACGGAGCUGAAGCAUCCAGCAGUCGCCCCUGCUCCCAUCGGCGCGACGCACCCAUGCUUGGCCGUCGCGGCACUUGAUGUGACUGGACAAUUGCGCAAAGCCAAAUCCUCGCGGCGGAACGCAUGGGGUAACCAAUCGUACGCGGACCUUAUCACACGAGCCAUUGAAAGCACCCCUGAAAAAAGACUCACGCUAUCACAGGUCUACGAUUGGAUGGUCCGCUAUGUUCCCUAUUUCAAAGAUAAGGGCGACAGUAAUAGUUCAGCUGGAUGGAAGAACUCCAUCCGACACAACCUGUCCCUCCACACGCGCUUCAUCCGGGUGCAGAACGAAGGCACUGGUAAGUCCUCCUGGUGGAUGCUCAACCCUGAGGGGGGCAAGAUGGGCAAGGCCCCUCGCCGGCGAACCGUCUCCAUGGACAACAGCACCAAGUACCUGAAGAGCAAGGGCCGGGUCAGCCGCAAGAGGGUGGGCAGGCCGGGGAUUGGUUCUGGGGCUCAAGUGGGGCUCCAGGCUUCCCCUGAGCAGGGUAGCCCACCGGGGAAGGUUAUCCCAGGCAACAUAGGGGGAGCUGGGGGUGUGGAAGGAGAGUUUGACGCCUGGACGGAGCUCCACUCCCGGGCUAGUUCGUCUACUUCGACCCUGAGCGGGCGCCUCUCGCCCAUCCUGGCCGAGGUCGAGCUGGAGGAGUCAGAGGAAGGCGGGCUCUCCUGCUCGGCCUCGCCCCACCUCUACCCCUCCCCCUCAUCCAGCGCCCGUUCCCCGGCCAUGGGGGCCGCGGGAGGUCACUGUCCACCCGUGGAGCAAUUGCCCCAGCUGGCUAAUCUCACGGGGGCGAUCAGCCUGGAGGAGAGGCUCCUGGAGGAAGGCUACCACCAUCAUCAUCCUCAUCCAGCGGCAGGCCACAAACUUCCCCCGGUCUAUCAUUACAACCCUGGGGUUAAAGGUCAGGGGUCGUACUGCGGCGCGGUCUACAGCCAGGCUGGGAUGGGCAUGCUGCACCACCACUCACCCAUGCAGACCAUCCAGGAGAAUAAGCCUGCUAGCUUCGGCGGCACCAUGCGGGCCUACUCAGGGACCAACGCCCUGCAGAGCCUGCUGACAGGAGGCCCCGGAGUUCCACAGCAGUACUGUGCCAAGGACAUAAUACUGGGCCAGGAGAGAGAUGCCCACCCCAUGAUGGGGCCCUCCAUGAACAGAGUGAGCUCCACCCAUCACAGCCAUCACUCCGGACACAACGGACAUGCAGCACACAGUCACAAUGGCAGCCACACAAACCACAACUCGGCUCACAGCCACAACGGCCACAACGGUACUCAGAGUCGUAACCUCAACCCUGUGACCAACCACAACCACAACUCUCCUCAUCUUGGCCACAACCUCAGUCAGAACCACAGCAACCACACAACGCACACACCGACUCAAGCCCCAGCCCCAGCCCUGGCCCCACGCAUCAGCAGUGGCCACCUCCAGCCCUACAGCCACAAAGCCCCCUAUCUUUACAGCACCCCGUCCCACGCCCACCUCCCCGCUUCCACCACCCUGCCACCCAACCCGGCCGGCAUGCUGGGGAUGCCUCAAGACUCCUGCCACCUGGCCACCGCCCCCACCCCUCGCACCCCUGCCACAACACUUACCCCAGCCCCCAACACCAAGGAAUGGGCAGUGGACUGUACCACCACCCGGGGCAUGGUGGGAGGUGGCACAGGAGGCAGCUACCAUGGUAGCUCAUACCACCAGCCUCACCCCCACGAGAGACUACCAGCUGAUUUGGACCUGGAUAUCUUCCACGGGAGCUUGGACUGCGACGUGGAGUCCAUCCUCCUCCACGAUAUCAUGGACUCCGGAGAGGAAAUGGACUUCAACUUUGACAGCUCCUUGGCCCAGGGGGUCGGGAUGGGGAUGGGCGUGGGGGUGGGGGUGGGCAUGAGUGGACUGGCAGGACCUCAGCAAGCCCACAACAACCAGAGCUGGGUGCCCGGCUGA